AUGCAAGCUGCUACUAGUCCUCGUAAAAAACUGAAUCCACAAGAGUUUGUCACUAAUCCGAAAACCUCAAUCACGUGUACAAAUGUUCCGGAGUCUCUAUUUGAUGCUGCUGCAGCCAAAAAACACUUUAGCAAGUUUGGCCGAGUGCAGAAGAUAAAAUUGGUACCUAAACGUCACAUGUGUGUUAUUGAGUAUGAUCAACCAAGUUCUGCAGAAAGAGCUGUGCUAAAUGCUGGUGCUUAUGAUGGAUUCAUGUUUGACGUCACUCGCAAUAAGAUGAAAAUGCGGAGACAUAGCAGCACUAAGAAGGAAGAUGACCCUGACUGGGUGCCUGAUUCAGAUGUUGAGGAGGAACUAUCAGCUAUGGGUGCUACUCCAACAUAUAGACUGACUCGACAGAAAUCAAUGGAUGUGGUACCUGAACCAAAACCUAAAAUGAGAAUAACAGCCAGACCUUUGAAACAGAUGCCGACUAAGAAAGUUGCUCAAGUACGAGUGAAGAAACCUGCUGUUGCACAAGCAGUAAGUGUGAUGGAACCUCCAGUGGCAGUGGUGACCACACAAACAAGUAUGACUACACAAGAAGCUGCCACAGAACUGUUUCAACUGCGCUCUAAGAUAUCAACCACUCCUGAUGAUAAAUGGAGAAUAUUGGAUGCAAGAGACAGAAUAUUGCGUGCAUGGGGUGGUGCUGGGUCCCGUAUCAAAGUAGGCGGCGCUACUAUUGGUACUUGCCAGGACAUGUGUCCUGAAAAGGAGUUAUUACAAAGGCAAUCUGAACACCAGGUGAUGACUCUAGAGACCGUCUUGGAUUCGGAUGGAGAGUUAGAGCCAUGGCGGGCUGUUAAACAAUACAGUCGUAGCUCCGCCGACCAGGAGAUACCAAUGUGUUACGAGCUGAGGCCCGCGCGAGUGCUUAUGCGCACCUGCGCUUAUCUAUUGCAUGAAAUCGCCGAUACUAAACGACAGGUCUCAUUAGCUGAUUGGUUCCAUUUCAUGUGGGAUCGACUUCGUGGCAUCAGGAAGGAUAUAACACAGCAGGCUCUGUGUUGUACAGAGUCAAUUUGCUUGGUGGAAAUGUGUGCACGAUUUCAUGCGCACUGUGCUGCAAGGCUUGCGGACCUCGAACACACUCAGUUCGACCAAAAGCUGAACACUGAUAAUCUUACAAAAUGCCUACAAACACUUAAACACAUGUAUGCCGACGUGGGCCCAGAACAAAAACCAAGAGAAGCCGAAUUCAGGGGAUAUGUAGCUUUACUCAAUUUAGGGGACGCUAACUUCUGGUGGGAGAUCAAACAGCUGCCAAUAGAAAUACAGAAAUCGGCACCUAUAAUAUUUGCAAUCAAAGUGUUCAAUGCUAUUGACAAUAAUAACUACGUGAGAUUCUUCCGACUAGUCAAAGAAGAAGCGAACUAUCUUCAAGCUUGUAUUCUGUUGCGGUACUUCAAUGAUGUACGUGCACGAGCUCUCGCUAGAAUAGUCAAGGCGUACGCUCCAAGAGGUGGGUCUCGAUACCCCGCCGAAGAUAUGAUGAGUUCACUUGCUUUUGAAAAUAUAGAGAAUUUGAAAUCAUUCAUCAAUCAUUAUGGCCUGAGAUUUGCCAGAACUGAAGACUGUGAUGGUGAAGUGACAAUCAUACUGGAUAGAAAUCAGUUCAUUGAAGAUAGUGAUCCUUAUCCCAUCUCAAGAGCUAUAAACCUUAUCGAAUCUAAGAGAAAAGUUACGGUUGGUGAAAUCAUCGCUGGUGGCCAACUCCCGGACACCGGAUACAGUCGUCACACUUUGUAUACAAGUUUUCAUUUCGAUGGCAGAUUAAAAGAAAGUGCGCUAACUGCUGAUGAUCAAGGCUACAAUACGUUGAAUGACAGCAACAAAGAUAUACAAUCUCUAAAGGCAGAGAUUCAAAAAUUAUCUCAAGGAAAAACAAUUGUUAUGGAUAAACCUCCUGAGAACAAAGUGAACGUUUUCGUCAAACCUGAUAUACUAUCUACAAGUCCGAAGCAGGCACCUAAAUUUAGUGCACCUGCAAAUCCAAUCUUUAUGACCUCCAAACUACCACCAUCUACCGAAAAUAAACCGUUUUUAUUCAAACCUGCGAUUCCAGUUGCAUCAUCAGAUAUUAUUAAGAAUUCUCCCGAAAAAAUAUUCAGUGAGGAUACUAAAACUAUAUUUUCCUUUUCUAAACCUCAAGAAACGCCAGUCGCCGCCAAUUUAUUUACUGGAAAAGAAACAGUCAAACGUUUGUUUGAAACCACCACUGUCCCAGAGCCAAAUAACAUAUUUGGCAAAAUUAACAAAGACCUAAAUGCGCAGCCUCUUUUCAGAGGAAAAACAGAGGAUAAAAAUGUGUUUAAAAAACCAGAAGGAAAUUCAGUAUUCCAACCGCAAACAAAAUUAAAGCCCUCAGGUUUGUUUACAGACACAAUGCCUAAAAAUUUGUUCGCACCAAGUGAAGAUAAAAGUAGUGAAAAACAACCAUUAUUUACUAACAAAAGUAUAUUUUCCACUAAACGUGACACAGGCGGGUUUGAAAAAGGCGGAAAUAUAUUUAAUCAGCCUGCUCAGUCAUCAACAAGUGAAGAAAAACCAGCCAACAUAUUUGGUAGUUUUGCAAAGCAAACCAAUGUUUUUGCCAAACCUGCAAAUCCUGAAGAAAAAUCGAAUUCGAUAUUUACUAACGGUGAAGCCGCGGCUGGCAAGUUGUCGCCUACUAGCGUUUUCAAGAGUGCUAUCAUUCCGCCUAAUGGUACUGAUACUAAGAACUAUUCAAUAUUUCCAAGUAAAAACAAAGCGCAGACUGUUGCGGAUAAUAUACUGAAUUCAAUAACCAACGAGGGUCACUCGAUUUAUGAUUUCGAUCAAAAUGAAGACGAAGAACAAAAGAAGGCUGAACUUCAACGUCUUAAUGCCGAGAGAAUAAGAAAGGAAGAAGAAAGGCUUUUGCAAGAAAAAAUAAGAAAGGAAGAAGAAAUGAGAAAACAGGAACUGCAGCGUCAAGAAGAAGAAAGGCGCAAAGAAGAAGCUCGGAAGAGACAGGAAGAAGCGCGAAAGAGACAAGAAGAGCUUCGACUGCAGGAGGAACAACGAAGAAAAGAAGAGCAAAGGAAACAAGAGGAACUAAAGAGAAAACUAGAAGAAGAGAGGAAGGCAGAACUGAAACGAAAAGCUGAAGAAGAAAAGAAAUUCAAGGAAAGAGUUGAAAAAGAAUCAACAGAACUUGUUGAAGAAUUAAUCAAAGAAGUGAACAAUCCCACCGUUACUAGUAUUUUGAAGGAGGAAUUGGAAAAGUUUAACAAUUUGAUGCAAUUUGCAAAUACAGUAAAUGAUGAAAUAUUACUAAAUAUAUCUAACGAAAUAUGUGAAUCUGAAUUGAAAGCCGAAAUAUUUUUAACCAAACGAAUUAUGAGAAAAUGGUUUCAUGUAUGGAGGAAACAUUAUACAAGGAACAUAAAAAGACGAAGUUUGUUAGAAGACACGCCUGUUUGGCUGCCGCAAAAUACACCACUGGAAGAAGCUUCAUAUUUGAAACGUUUUGUUGAAAAUGCUGCUCUGAGGAACAUGAAUGCUAUCCAUAGAGGCUAUAAAUUCGCUGGGGAGCUUCGACAGUUACCUACCCCCGAAACAUAUAACAUUAUGGAAAUAAUAAGAUCACCUCUGCUGAAGCGCAUGAAACAAAUAAGUUAUCCAUAUGACAAAUGUUUCUUCUGGAAAGUUACUUUGGUAUCUCCUGGUGUCGACAAAUGGUUACAUCGAAAGAUUAAUAUUGAAAAAUGGUUGUUGGAUGUUUUCAGUGAUAAGAAACAACAUGAAGUGUCUGAUACACUGAUACAUGUCAGCAAACAGUCAUGGAAUCAUUUGAUGGACUUUGCUAUAUCAGUUAGUCUGACUGGACGGGAUAAAGGAAUCGAUGGUACAGAGGCCAUUGAAGGUGCAAAUGCCCUACUGUUCUAUGCAACUGAAUGUGAUAAUGAUCUCUUGGAAACAAUUAAUGUUACACUCAAACACAAAUACCCAUACCAGGUGGUCCCAGUCGCCGUCAUUAUUCCUAAACUGGACCAUGUCCAACUGCAAAUUGAUACAGUUUUGUCAAAUCUUGUAAGGAACAAUGUCAUAUCAGCAUACAGGAUCUUUGCUAUAGAUUCACAGAAUGUCUUUGAAUCAUUGAAUGUGUCUUCUAAAAGUGCAAUGAAAUGGUUGGCAAAGAAAUAUCCCAAGUUACCACCAUUAGAAAUAGAUCAUUUGAAAUCUAUUUGUCAAAGGUAUCUUGGUAAUGAGAUAUGGUGUAGAUUGAGAUUGGAAAAAGACACCCGUAUGUCCACUGUCAUAAAAGAUUUGUACAAAUUGGUGAAAUGUUACAACACAGCUGUGGAUAAUUUGACAAGCCUCAUUACAAAUGAAGAUUUAUUUAAUUAUUCAUCAUUUCCUUUGGAGUUUCAACCUUAUUUGGACACUACAUCUCCUUAUCCAAAACCAUACGAGUUUAUACCAAGUAGUGCAAAAACAUCGGAUAACAUUUCAGCAAUUAAAAGGAUCAUGAAUCAACUAAAAUUGCCAGACCCAUCACUGAAUUUUAGACCAAUGAAUGCAAUAAGCAUGCAGGAACAGAUGAAUAGCUACUGCAAUCAGAUAGGUUGGUUUGAAAACCCUGAAGAUGUGGUGUGUAGAGUUGUAGCUGUGCUACCUAAAGAACUCUCAGAUAUUAGCAUGCCAUGUGAAGAUUUCAACAAAUAUUUUGCUCACUAUAAUCUUGUAGACUUUAUGAACAUAAUUGUCUACGAAAAAAUAAAUAGACUGAAUAAUUUCGAGAAUAGAUUUGCUAUUUAUGAGAAAGCUGCUUUAGAAAAUUAUCGCAAUGCAUUAUGGAUUUAUGAAGUAAGUGCUAUAAAUGAAAUGAAGCACAAAGUUGUAGAAUAUGAAGAUGAUAUCGAUUUAUACAUUGAAGCAAAGCGACGUAAAAUAGAACUAGAUUCACUAGAUUACCUUAUGUUAGAAGACAAGGAUCGCACUUUAGUUGAUCAAAGUCUGAAGGAGAAAGAUAAGAAUAUAUCCAAGUAUAACAACUGUGUUGAAGCUGUCAAACAGCUGGAACGCCAAAUAGAGGAAAAGAACAAGAAGUCAUUAGAAUUUGAAAAUUACCUGAGAGCUGCUUUGGGCGAAUUUGAUUAG